GUCUUCAAGUCACACUAUGGGAUUGUUAGCGCCCAUUCUUGGAUAGUCCAUUCAGAGAAGGAGGAACCUGUUGAAAGCACCACGGGAGCUCAGCCAUUCCAGCGUUACAUGUGGGACAGGGGGUUUAUCUAUUAGCAGGCUACUGGAAUCACAGCACUUGUUGAAAAAAGCCUUGACACAAAUCCAGAGAAGUGUGUUGCCUCCCGCUCCUUGAGUGAUUCGUGUUAAUUUGAGUGGACAUUGUGUUCAUCCAGACAUUAUUGGAAUAAACAAGGUGCCUCUUUCAGUACACAUGCAGCAGGGCGAGAACUGUCUAUCACACCUUAUUACAGCUUAGGAUUAUUCUAAUCAUAAGCACUCAUUGGCCUCCUUCAAUAGGCAACGCUAUUUUGGAUGAACUGAUCUUAGACGUCGGACAACAGAGUUCUAGUAAUACACUGAUUGGAUACGUCAAGGUUUUCGAGGAGUCUCCUCAGCAAUGGAAUCCGCAGCAAUGGUGAUGGUGCCAAACACGACGGCGGUGAACAAUGGAACCGAACCAACCUCGAUUGAUGGCGACAUAUCCCUGACUCAGCAGAUUAUGUUGAUUGUUCUUUUCAUUGCCGUGCUGGUGUUUAUUCUAGGAGGAAAUUUGUUGACAAUUAUGGCUGUUGUACGAACACCUGCAUUGCGAACAGUGCCCAACAUGUAUGUGAUUUCCUUAGCUGUGGCGGACUUUCUAACCGGCGCCAUCAUACCAUAUUACGCUGUUUCUUUCUUUCCCAAUCUCCAAGAGAAGCUGAACUCAAACAAGUAUCUGUGUCUCUGCCGGUAUGCAUUGUUUCAUCUGUUCGUGGCCGAGUCGAUUGCUUGCAUGGUUGUCAUUGCGUUUGAUCGUUUCCUAUUCAUCAAGUACCCCCUCCAUUACAGGACUAUUACGUCACACAGGAAGGCGGGAAUUGUUAUAGCUGGCACUUGGAUAGCGUCCAUUCUAGUUGGAAUGGUACCGGUUUGGGAAUAUAAGUGGAACAACGACUGUACAUCUUUCGAGGUGUUGACAAGAGUGUUUCGAUUGUAUGGUCUUAUCCCGGGAUUCUUCCUCUGCCUGUUUCUCACUGCACUCUUCUAUGGGUAUAUCGUCAAGACGGCUCUGGCCCAUCAAAGAGAAGCUUUGGCUCGACGAGCGUCACAGUUGUCCGGUUCCUCGAAUCCUGUCACCACUAGUCGCAGCGACUGGAAGUCUGUGAAAGUGUUUUUGUUAGUUUUCGGUGUAUUUGUAGCGUGUUGGUUCCCAAAUUUCACGCUCGUGUUUGUAGGAUACUUCGCGGAUGUUCCCAAGACCCUUGUAUUUUUCACCGUGAUUCUGGGUUUCCUUAACUCCGGAAUGAAUUGCAUCAUCUACGCUUGGCAGAAUCACCAUUUCAACAACGCAUUUAAGGUGAUAUUGUGUGGGAGAAGACGAAGGGCUUCUACAAGCUCUGAUGGCCAAACUCAUGUUGUUGUUGCCUAAUGCGUCGUGACCGACAUGUCUCUGUUGUCAACCUUCACGAUUUCUCAGAUAUGAGACAAUGGGAGUAAACAUUUACAAUGUAUACAACAGAACCCAUUGACGCUAGAAAUAAAGCAUGCCCCGCUACAUACAUGUCACAAUUAAAGCAUCACGUAAGUGCAUAAAGAUGCAUCAAAUGUAUCUUGAGUCUCCGAACUACAGAACUUGAGUAUUACUUCGCUAAUUUCAACCACAUUAGAAAUAUGUUCAUUAAGUCAAAUUCUAGAAUUCGUCAUUUCUAAAAAUAAUUUAUGCAUGAACAACUAAAGCAUAUGAUCACUCUGGUAAUGGUUGCUUUUAUUGUCUUAAAAAAUACUUUUUUGAAAGAAACGAUUCAAUACGUUUCACUGGCACCAUAAAUAGCGUUGUUGGCUGUCAUAUCAGCAGCCUAAUACUAUUAAACAAAGACAAGUUCAUGUUCCUACCAUUCGCGACGGGAACGUACUUGAGGGAAACAUAAAUUUACCCAAUGAAGUUCAGAGGGGAGAAGCUCAUGAUGGGUCGAUAUAUUGCAAUGCAUUACGUUGCGAGCCAAUACUAAUCUCACUGAGUGAAAGACCGGUCCUUGCACUCCGCUCAUAUGAAUUUGUAAACGCUUAAGACAAAUGCCAGGGACAAGAAAACAAAUACACUAAUGGCAUUUUCACAUACCCAUGUAGUUGUAUUGAAGGCAACGACGUCCAUACCAUGGACUUGAGAACCCCUAAAAAGUAAGAUACUUUAUGGAUGACAACGUCAUUGUUAUAUAUGAUGCAACGUUUGGGUAUAGAUUCUUAUACCGUUGUCAAGCAAGAGUGAGAGUUGAACCCCUAUCAAGAGUAAACGACUGGGUGUGCGUUUCUUUUGUAUAUGAGUAUGUUCUCCAUAUAAACGGUUAUGAACCUGGAAUAAACCCCAACGUCAUACAUAAUGCAACGAUACGUCCAUUUAUUAGAGACGGUCAUAACAGACGGGUAUCGCCAUCGUCGUAUCUGACGUGGUUAGGGUUUAUUCCUGCUUCAUGAGAAGUUUUCUGAGUAUUUACGUAUGUGUUGAUUGUAUAAGUAAAUUACGGAAUGGAUUAAUAGCAGUGUUAGUUAUAGUAAUGCCACGACGUCACCUGCCUAUGUUGUUAUAUAAGAAGAUGUCUGUAAUAUCGGAUGCAUAACAAACAGAGUUGGGUCUUCUUCUUUGGACUUCUGUCAAACUUAAUGUGCUAACCGAAUUGUUUAGACCCUCAGUGUGUAUGUGUGGUCGAAGAAAGGUCACCCUUUGGAACACACAUUGCAUGUACAAUGGGGCGGUGGGGUAACCUAGUGGUUAAAGCA